GCUCCAUUCCAUGGUCCCUCUCCUCUGUUACUGUUAGCGUUGCCACCACGCACCGCCCUCGUUUCCUUUUCUUUCUACAAAACCACCCUCUUCUCUUCUUCACUCUUCACCUUCCUCCUCUCUUCUUCAACAUUCUCCAUGUCUUUCAGAGGAUUCGGCCGGGCGAAUGCUUCAUCAGGCAUGGGUGUUGCUGAUCACAGCAAGAACACCUUCAUGGAGUUGAAGCAAAAGAAGGUUCAUCGGUAUGUGAUCUUUAAGGUUGAUGAGAAGAAAAGGGAGGUUGUGGUUGAGAAGACUGGUGGCCCGGCUGAGAGCUAUGACGAUUUCGCGGCGUCUUUGCCUGAGAAUGAUUGUAGAUAUGCUGUGUUUGACUUUGAUUUUGUUACUUCUGAGAAUUGUCAAAAGAGCAAAAUCUUCUUCAUUGCAUGGUCUCCUUCAACAUCUCGAAUCCGAGCCAAGAUGCUCUAUGCCACUACUAAAGAAAGGUUCAGACGUGAGCUAGAUGGUGUUCAUUAUGAAAUCCAGGCUACUGACCCCACAGAAAUGGAUCUUGAAGUGAUCAAAGACCGAGCACAUUGAAAUGUUUAUGCAGUUAUUAGCUUCUUUUUUUGUUGUCAAAAUCUACUAGUAUAUAGGUUUAAUGAAUCACCUCUCCAUGCUCUAUCAUCUGCAAAGCCGAUCUUGUCACCGAAAUAUAACUCCAAUAAUUUGAAUCUGAAGGCUUGUGGGUUUAAGCUCUUGGCAGCUACUGUCUUAAUUUCCAAUUUGCUUUGACUGUAUUGUAUGAGCAUGACCUUAUGGACCCAUAUAUCUUAGAUAUUAAAACCCCUUGCCAUAA